GUAUCUGAGAGAGGCUGCCUGUUCAGUGGGAAUUCUAAGGCAAUGGAUCGAAUUUUUCCCCUAUGAGAAGGAUGUCUGUGGGACUGUGCUUGGGAGGGGUGACAGAGGCAGGAACUAUGAUUUGUAACCUUCCAUUACUGUUUGCUGAUGGAUAUCCCACAUGUCUAGAAAAAAUUACUACAGAUCAACUGGAAAAAUUUGUGCCAUUUAUGAUUCGUUGUUCUUCUGGCAGUGAUAUUUCUCAAGAAUUGACAACUCCUGCAUGGUGGCCUAGUGAUCUUGAGUUCUCAAUUCCACUUGUGAAGCCUCAAGUGGUAGAAGCGAAAUGGUUGACAAUUUUGAAGAGUUUAGUUUGCCGCUGUUAUGCUUACCAUGGUUGUGAGUUCAUGUUGCAGUUCUGUACAAAUCUCUGUCAAUGCCCUCCUCAAAAUUUAUCGUUCACUACUUUUUGGGCUGACACUACAUCAAUAUAUAAUAACACUACAGGAAUGCUUCUUGUCACCUUUAGAAAUGAAAAUAUGUGUUAUGACAGAAGAAAAGAAUGUCCCAUCCAAAAACUUUUGCCUAAUGGUAAUGACAAUGGUGACGGUGGUGAUGAUGACCUUGAUGGCAAUGUUGAAGAUGAUGAUAAUGAUGGAGAAUCAGUAUCCUCACAGAUUGUAGCAUUUGACAUAUACCUCUGUGAUGAAUGUGAUGGGGAGUUCAAUUCUUUAGAAGAAGUACAAGACCAUGAAAAAAUCUGCCAUGGUCAGCAACCUGAUCCUAUACCUUGUCCUAUUGGCACAGCUGACUUGAAUUCUGAACAGGCAAAUUUUCUGGAUUAUUUCCAUUUAGUUAGCAACCGAAGUGAAAAUGUACCAGUGAUUGAAGAAAAGGUUGAUCCUCCAAGAUAUAAAAGAUUUCUUGGAAAUUCUCUACGUUACUCUAGCAUUCCACUCUCUUCACCUUUGGGAGUUCUUGUAAAUAAAAAAUCUCGAGGUUUCAAUUUUGGUAGUGGAGUGCACCUGGAUCGAGUUGAACGAUACUGUUCUACAAAACCUCCAGAAAAUAAUGCUAGAGUCAGAGAACCUAGAUCUUCAACAUGGCCUAUUACUUGGAAACCACGUAAGAAAGGUGAAGAUGAACCACAUGAUGAUUGGAUUCAUGUUUUCAAGCAUCCAAAGAGGCAGUGGCAAAGAAGAGCCCCAUACAUGCAGGAUGAAGCAAGUUUAAAAGCAGUUGAACUAAUGAAGCAGUGCCAACAAGUAGAACUUCGUUUACAAAAAUUAACAGAUGAUGAAAUAAAAUAUUAUACCACUCCAUGUGCCUCAAGAAUUACUACUAAUAAUACCAAAAAGAGUUCAUUGAAAAGCACCUUAUAUGAGGAACCAAGUGUUGGAAGGCAAGGGGUAAUUGAAUCGCAAGUGAGCGAUAAUAAUUUCACUUCAACGUCAAUGAAAAUGGAACCUGAUUAUUUUGAAGAUAUGUACAGUGAUUCAGAAUAUUUGGGUAAGGAAGGAACUAGUGUAAUAGAAUCAGUGACGAUGCCAUUUGAGAAACAACUGCCUCCAAAUACAUUAUAUGUAUAUGAUAAAACAGCACCGACCAUAGAAAGAAGUCAAUUGGAAAAUGUUACUUGUGAGAACUCUUGUGCCCCAGUUGUGGAUUUAAUUUCUAAUGAUGAAGAACUACAUGUUUUUUCUCAAAGGCAGGUUGGAGAACAUUUUAUUACUUUGCCACAAUAUUAUAAUGGAAGAUUAUCAGAUUGUGAAGCGUUCUUGUCUGAUGGAACAGAACUUGAUAUUGAAGAAUGUGGAAGUUCAACUAAUAUGACCUAUGAAAAUGAAGUAUCAAAUUAUUGUUCUGACUAUGGAAGAGAUCUACCAGAGUUGAUUAAAUUUAUAACUUCAUCAGCUUAUCAGCAAGGUGUUGAAGCAGAUAUGUUUAUGACGAUUGAUGAUAGGGAUAAUCCAACAUUACAUUCAGAAAAAUCCUUUGCAAGACCAGUCAGUGAUAAGUCAGUUCAGUGCACAUACGAUGAUUUUGAUCAGGCUGAUUAUGAGUUUGAUAAUGAUGAUGAUGGGGAUGAUUGCUGCCUUGUUAAGGAAGAGACAUGUUCCCAGUCGAAGCUGCCAAAAUUAUUCAAGAACAGAAGAGAAUUGUAAGAUGACAUAUAAUGUUAUCUUAAGCAGCCUACACUUCUUGCCAGAAGUAUUAACGUGGAAUCGAUAUCACGCACAAAGUGCAUGCCAGAAAUUGCCUCUUGUGAAAGUAACCAAACCAAGGAUAUUUACAGUACCUUUUAAUAACGCAAAUAUGAGCCUGGAAGUAUAAACAAUUCGCUCCUUGGAUUGGAUUUGGUCUUGAAUUUAAUUGAUAGUCUGUAAAAGGGGGCUUGCAAAUUUUGAGAGGAGGUGUCCAUAUGAAUUGUUCUUAACAAACGUUACAUGUUCCAAUUUUUCUUAAACGUUUCUAUAUGUUCCAAUUUUUUAUUCUCAAUUCUUUUGAUCUAUCUACCGUGCGAAUAAUAUUGGUAGAAAAUUGAAUCAGCUUCCUGACUGAAAGACAACAGUUCGACUCAAGCAACAUAGAUGGUGUUCUCGCGUUCCGGGAAUAACAUGGCAUCUGGGACAGCUUUUUUCCGUCUGUACGUGGGCGUGGUGGUGAGCUGAUGAGUUCCCUCUCCACACCACGCGCUCGGAGGGGAGGGGGUCCAAACGACUCAACGAAACUCAUGCAACACUGCCACUUUUUUAGCCUAGGCUUCCCACGAAGAACUGCUGUAUGUUGCUCCUCUAAAGGGCACUGCACCAUUGGCCAGAAUCUUUUUCAUAAACAAGUUCAAACCUACAAUGAAUUAGAGUAGUUCGUCGACUUGCGACGAGAUAAGAGAGAAAAUCUAUCAAUUCGGUUUGCCCUGGUUUCGGCCGGCCGACGUAAGAAUGCACUCUGCGCCGGCUGCUCUGCCAUUGUCUGUCUGACGCUAGUUGAAGUGUGUGUCAUAACUCAUCGCACAUGACGCGUGUAUCUACUUGAAUCUUCUAGAUGAAAAUUCAAAGGAGAUCUUCUCGCGUGGUUUAAAACUACAUCGAAAUGAAUGGCUACCAAAAAAAAAAAAAAAAGUAAUGGGAAAAUAGCACGUACAUUCUCUCCCGUACUUUCACGCACAAUAACGCCAAAAGUACUCAAAUUUUUGAAAAGUUGAACAUGACCUUAUUUAAAAAUAUGUCUUUAAGGACCAAAUUUCAUUACGGGAAAAAUCUCUUAUCUUCAUAAUUGUAGUUGUAGGACAACGCCGAAAAAAAUUUGAAUUUUUGCAAUUUUUGAAAAAUGUUGAGAU